AUGGGGAAAGCAACCAUCACAGAGGGAACGUCAAAGCUCCAUCGAACCGAAAGAAUCACUGGUGCAGUAGUUGCAAUACUUGUAUUGAUUAUAGAAGACUGGAAUAAUUACAACAGAUCAUUGCAUUCCUUUAAAGGAAAACAAACAAAACAAGAAAGUGAAAGCUCCAUCGACAGUAUAGAAAAACAACCGUCUCAAAGGGAAAGUGAAAGCUCCAUUGAGAGUAUAGAGACUACCACUAGUCAAAAAUUCAAGCUUAAAGAAAUUGAAGAUGAUAUUUUCAACCUAAAAUCCAUGAAGAUGGAUUUGAGAGCGUUUCAGCAGAUUGAUGAAUACGCUGCUCAGGUUCUUCCGAAGGCUAGCAUCCCUGCCUUGGUGAAAGAGGUACUGCUAUAUUCCCAAACUGAUCUGGAAAAAAUUAGAGCCAUCUGGAUUUGGAUCUGUCACCACAUAGAAUAUGAUGUGAAGGGGUAUCAUAGCAAGGACCUAAAGGGCAAGACACCAGAAGAAGCACUGAUGACUGGAAAAGCAGUAUGUUCUGGAUAUUCAGGCCUCUUUUGUGAAAUGUGCAGCAUUGCAGGUAUAAAGUGCACUGCAAUAGGAGGUUAUUCCAAAGGCUACAAUUAUGAAAUUGGAAAGACAUUCAAAGGAGACCCUGAUCAUGACUGGAAUGCAGUGUAUUUAGAAGGGAAAUGGCAUCUCCUGGAUACCACUUGGGGAGCAGGCCACGUGAACGAGAACUGUUCAAAAUUUACUUUCAAGUAUGUUGAAUUUUAUUUCUUCACACAUCCUACUCUCUUUAUCAAUAACCAUUUUCCAAUGGAUGAAAACUGGCAGCUGAUUUCUCCAAGGAUUUCUAUUAAGGCAUUUGAAAAUAUGGUUUUCAGGACCGGAGAAUUUUUUAACAUUGGGUUGACAUACAUUCAUCCUGAUGUACAAGUGGUGAAUACAGUGAACGGAAGAGCUAUCAUCAACAUGGGAGGCAAUUCACCAACAUUAUUCAUGUAUAACCUGGACGGCAGAAAAGAUUGCGCUCUUAUCAAUUUGACAACUUACGGUAUGAAGCUGGAAGUCCUUCCCCCAAAGGUCGGGGAAUACAAGUUGAAGAUCUACGCUAAAUUACUGAAUACUGAUGAAAAGAUGUAUUCAUUUAUAUGCGCAUAUAUGAUUAAAUGUAAUGAAGUCGACGACAGCUUCAAAAUGCCAAAAGCAGUACACAAUCCUCUGGGUCCCAGUUGGUAUACAGAGAUAAAGGGAAUUAUUGAGCCCUCGCAUCCAGAGCCUCUCAUCUACUGCUCAGAUGGUCAAUGUUCCAUUAAGUUCUUCUUGGACAAAGAGCUCAGUUUCACUAGCAAGUUAACGUGUGAUGAACUGGAUAUUCCAGAUGAUGUCAUGAGAAAUCAUGUGUUUAAAACUCAAAAGGACAAUUCGGUGGAAUUCAAAAUCCAGCUCCCCAGCUCAGGGUUAUACGUUUUUACUAUAUUCUCAAAAGAAAAGUCGUCCCGCAGUUCAACAUUUUCUCACCUGUGCGAAUAUUUAAUCUCAUGUACAAAUGAGGACGUGCACCUGGCUACUUUCCCUAAAGUGUAUACUUCCUGGACUGAAGAAUGUGAAUUAUUCGAACCCCUUUCCGGUAUUCUGCCACCAAACACUGUAGUGGCAUUUAAGUUUAAAAUUCCUCAUGUGAAAAAGGUACAAGUGUAUGGCAAAGAAGGCUGUCCACUUACACUCUCAAGUGACGGAUACUGGGAGGGAACAUGUAAUACAUUAGAUGCCAAAAACCUCAAUAUUGGUGUUUCAGAAAAAAUUUCUGAUACGAAGUACACGUUUGCUUUGCAAUAUGAUGUAGCCUCAAAGUGAUCAACACGAUCAAUACUGAUUGUCAUUCAAUAUUUGCCAAAAGGAAA